CCCGGCAAGAUCGUGAUGUUAUCUGCUGGCAAAAGUUUCUCUCUGAGCUGAGCUGAAGGAGCAGAGAGAGAGGGAGGGAGGGAAAGAGAGACAGAGAGAGACAGUGAGAGUGAGUGAGAGAGAGAGAGAGAGAGAGAGAGAGAGAGAGAGAGAGAGAGAGAGAGAGAGAUGGAGAACAGAGUAUAACGGUCUAUCUACCAAUCUAUUCAGGAAAGCCACAGAGGGGUUGCUCUGUAGAAAGGGGGAGAAAAGAAAACGGGAGAGAUUCUUUGACUUUUCUGGUGGCAAGUGCUGGAAAAUAAUACAGGGAAGAUUGGCUAAGCGGGCCAAAGCCGGAGAGAAUUGGGGGAAGGGGAAGGUGGGAGAACAAGGGAGCAAGCAAGGAACCCACCGAAAACAGUCCCCACUCCCCUUAGGAAUAAAGCAUCUCCCCAAUCAGCCCUUGCAAGCAGCUGCUUUUGCGAACAGCGGGGAAGGGAAGACAGUGGAACAGUGGAGGCGGCGGCGGCGGCGGCGGCGGCGGCGGCGGCGAAGGCUGCGUUGGCGGCAGUGGCCGGGGCAGUGCCUUGUUUGUAGCUCGGUUGCAGUUUGGUUUGGAGGAGCAAAAGGAGGAGGAGGAAGAGGCGCUCUCAGGCAGCACCGGAGGCUGCAACUACAAGAAGUAACCCGGGCGGGGUUGGUGCACGCGGCCCGGGGUGCAUGCAACAGCUUGCGGCACCCGGAGCGAAGAUCGUCGCCGCCUUUGCUGCCCGCUACGGACUAGGACUGAGCUGGGUGGGAAGCGAAGCCCACCCCGCCUCCCUGCUGUGUCUCGGGCGCUCCCCCAACACACACAGAGACACAUACACACACAUACACACACGCGCGCGCGCACACACGCACACACGCACACACACACGUGUGUGGGACUUCUUUUGCAGAGACAUCGGCGCCCGCAGUGGAAGUGGGGAGAGCUGCCGUUUGUUCCCUUCUCGAACCCUUUUUGAUUUUGAUUUUUAAAUCUCCUUACCCUUUUCCCCACAUCCCCGGCAUCCUGGCGCACCCCUUUCAGUCGGGUUGCUAGCUGCCAGCCCUGGGGCCUCUCCAUCUCUCCCAACUUUGGCUGUCAGAGACGAGUUCAGGUUAGCCCCUUCGGGCUGGACACUGACACGCUGAACCCCGCGUACUUCGGCUCAAUGAUUUCUUUCUGAGAGACUUUUCCUUUCUUGCCCCCCCCCUCCCUUCUUGCCCCCGCCCGACCCAAAAGGAAAAAAAAAAGACAGAGUUGUCCCUAACUCACCCAACUACCCAGCCCGUAUUUAUGUUGCCACCCUUCUGAGGACUCACAUUUUCUCUUUUUUAGUCAAUUUGAGCGAGUUAUUAUUUUGGUCAUUAUCUCUGGUUUGUUUGCCAAGUUACGCACUUGAUCUGAUUUUUUCCCCUUUAAUCUCCAUCUGUUCUCUAUUUGAGGAUUUCUUCCCCUUUCCCCUUUUUAACUCCCCCCUUCCGAUUCUUUAAAAAAAAAAUGCACUACUAUCUCCUAAGCGUUUUCUUGACCCUGGAUCUGGUCACCGUGGCGCUGAGCCUCUCUACCUGCAGCACACUCGAUAUGGAUCAGUUCAUGCGCAAGAGGAUCGAGGCGAUCCGGGGCCAGAUCCUCAGCAAGCUGAAGCUGACCAGUCCCCCAGAAGAGUACCCCGAACCCGAGGAGGUCCCCCCGGAGGUGAUCUCCAUCUACAACAGUACCAGGGACUUGCUCCAGGAGAAAGCCAACCGAAGGGCAGCGGCUUGCGAGAGGGAAAGGAGCGAUGAGGAGUACUAUGCCAAAGAAGUUUACAAAAUAGACAUGCCCUACUACUCGGAAAAUGCCAUCCCACCUACUUUGUACAGACCCUACUUCAGAAUUGUCAGAUUUGAUGUUUCAGCAAUGGAGAAGAAUGCUUCCAACUUGGUAAAGGCAGAGUUCAGGGUCUUUCGACUGCAGAAUCCCAAGGCCCGUGUGUCUGAGCAACGGAUUGAACUCUAUCAGAUUCUCAAAUCCAAAGACUUAACAUCCCCAACCCAACGCUACAUUGAUAGCAAGGUUGUUAAGACAAGAGCAGAAGGGGAAUGGCUCUCAUUUGAUGUCACCGAUGCUGUGCACGAAUGGCUGCACCAUAAAGACAGGAACCUGGGAUUUAAGAUAAGUUUACACUGCCCAUGCUGCACUUUUGUACCAUCCAAUAAUUACAUCAUACCGAAUAAAAGUGAAGAAUUAGAGGCAAGAUUUGCAGGUAUUGAUGGCUCCUUCAGUGAUCUGAAAACUGUAAAGUCCACUAGGAAAAAAAACAGUGGGAAGACCCCACAUCUCCUGCUAAUGUUGUUACCCUCCUACAGACUUGAGUCGCAACAGUCAAGCCGGCGGAAGAAGCGUGCGCUAGAUGCUGCCUAUUGUUUUAGGAAUGUACAGGAUAAUUGUUGCCUGCGUCCACUUUAUAUUGAUUUCAAGAGAGACCUUGGAUGGAAAUGGAUACAUGAACCCAAGGGGUACAAUGCUAAUUUCUGUGCUGGUGCCUGCCCGUAUUUAUGGAGUUCAGAUACUCAGCACAGCAGAGUUCUCAGCUUAUAUAACACCAUAAACCCAGAAGCAUCAGCGUCUCCUUGCUGUGUAUCCCAGGAUUUAGAACCUCUCACCAUCCUCUACUAUGUAGGCAAAACACCCAAGAUUGAACAGCUUUCCAACAUGAUUGUCAAAUCUUGCAAAUGCAGCUAAAAUCUUGGAAGCAGAUAAGGAUGAUUACAAUGAUGAUGAUGAUGAUGAUGAUUGCAAUGGAAAAGACAUUCAUACCAAGAGGAAAAAAAAAAGAGAGAGAAAGUCUCAGUUCAUCAGUGUUAAAAAAAAAGAAAAGAAAAGAAAAGAAAAGAAAAAGCGGUACUAGUAUGAACACUUUGGAAGUUUGGUUCUUUGUUUUUUAAAACUGGCAUCCGAAACAAACAAAAAAAGUUGAAGGCCUUAUUCUACAUUUCACCUUCUCCAAUAGUGAGAUAGACAAGAAGCAAAACCUUUUUUUUUUUAAAGAAAAAAUAAACACUGGAAAAAAUUUGUUUAGUGUUAACUAUGUGAAAGGAAAAAAACAGGAAAAUCCCAUUAAGUGGAGUUGUUGUAUGUACCUGUCCUGUCCCACGCCUCACUUGAUUUCUCUGUAUUGCUAUGCAAUAAGCCCCUUUCCCAUUUCUUUUAGAUGUAGACUUAACAGUGCAUUAUUUAUUUGUGUGUAACUAUACAAUGAACAUUUUGUGGCCCUCAGAAAGCAAAAACUGGUGGACGAAGAGGAGACCAAAUCAAAGGCCAGAAACCUGAGGAUGGAAGGCUUAGGGAACUUGAACUCUGACAAGCCAGGGGGGGAAAACUAAAAAAAAAAAGCCACAUAGUGGAGUAAAAACUGAAGUUAGUGAUUACAUGACUAAGAAAGUCUGACUUGAGACAAAAAAAAAGAAAAACAAAACAAAACCCAAACACGUAUUUCAUAUGCCAGAUGCCUAAGGAAGCUUCUUGUAAGGUUUAAGAUAAUAACUAAAGCUCAUUAAUAAAGGAAAUUUUUAGCCUGAAAGAUAAGUCUGUAAGAUUUUUUUUUUACCAUAAGUGGUUCAAAUGUCAGUUUAGUAAAACCAAUGAAAUUUGGAAAUGUUUUCACAUAUACUGGUCUAGUCAUCAGACUUUACUUAAUGUGUUGCUGUAUAGCUAUGCUAUGGGAUUUUUUUCCUUCUUUUUGGUAUCUGUAACCAUACCUAUAGUAUUACAAUAGGUGGGUAGUAAAGCCAGCUUAAUUGGAAACAUAUCUGUAGAUCUCUAUUGUAAACUAUUAAAAAAAAAACCAUUAAGUACUUUUCGUGUAAUGUGUAAAUUUUCACCGUAUUUUUGUAUUCUGUUAUCCUGUCAUCUAUAACUUUGAAUUUAAAUUUGGGGCUCUUUUUUGAGGAUCACCCACAAUAUUAUGUUUCCCUCUAGCUGGCCAGUAUGAGUAGAGUCCCUAUAUUUUUUACUUGCACUACAAAUACAUGUUUAUAUAUUUGCAAUACAUGUGCUUUGUAUAUUGUUCAGCAUUAUGACAUAAGCUACCUGACUCCACUUGUCUUUUUUUUCUUUUACAAAAAAAAAAAAGGAAUAGAUUUAAGUUCAUUGUUUUUUCUUUAUCAUGGAUAUUGAGACAACUUCGCCUGGUAGAUAAGACUUCUGGCUCUGAAUCAGGAAGAUCUGAGUUCAAAUCCACCCUCCAGUACAUUUUAGGAUUAUGGCCCAUGGCAAGUCCCUGAACCUCUAUGUGCUUGCAUUGACUUCCUAGAACUUACCUAUCAAUCAUAGAUGGGUUACCCAUCUGUUCUGGUGAUGAGAGAGUUCCUGUAACAGCAAUUCCAACAUUGAUUAAAAUUACAGAACUUUGUAAUCUCCUUGGUUAUAACUGCAAAUUACUAAGCAGUUUCAAUUUUUAAAGUUUAAAGACUCCAGAGUCUUUUAGGAGAUUAUAAAAAGAGCUUUAGACAAAUAGAUAUGGUCAGGGUGAAAUGUUUUGCUUAAGGGUCUUAAGGAUCUGACUGAAGUUGAUGGUUGAGUAAAUAGGUGUCUCUAACUUGGUUAAAUCAAUAUUUUCACAUAUUCCACUUUUUGUAUUGUUUGCAUAAAGGGUAGACAGCUACUAGGAAAUAUCUUUGGUUUUAAUUUUCAGGGGAAAAUAAAUAUGAAAUAUACUUUACUUUCUUUUUAUUUUUUUUCCUAAAAAAAUACCAAUAACAACAACAACAACAAAUCUAGACCAGCAUAGAAAUAGCUAGUUUGGUUUAUUUUACCAAAGUGAAUGGUUGUUCCAGAUGUUCUUUGUAUACUUCAAGAGAAGCUAAAUUCUUUAUUUACAAAUGGAGCCCUUUGGAGUGAGGGUCAUGUCUUUCUUAGGCUUAGAUUGUAUUGGCUCACUUUAAUGUAGGUUGCUAGGCCCUUUAGGCAAGACACCUUUAGCUGCAUCUCUGAGUGUCCUAAGCAUUGGAGAGUGACAAUGGAUUGAUAAAGCAACUACUGAUCUAGCUGAAACAUCAAAAUAAAAUGUGGGCAGCAACAUUAUGAAUAUGGCAGAUAUCAAAAGGGAAGUUUUUAAUUCCCCCUUCCCUCUUCUAAGCUUCCUUGUUUAAAAUGAAGAGAUUUCUUGUUGAAAAAUAGUAAUGCACCAGAAGAGGAUGCCAAAAUGGUAAAUCUAUACUUGAUGUGUACUGUAUGCAGCCCAACGCCAGAUUUGAGUGGUUUUUUUUUCUUUCCAUUUUUCUUUAAAUUUUAUGUAGUGAGUUUUUAUUUCUGUAGUUAUUUUCUCUUCAGAUAGGAUAAAGUGUUAUUUUAAUCUUUCCUCAUGGAUGCACUGAUAAUAUUUUAAAUGCUCUAUUUUAAAUCUCCAGAAUCUUUUCAUUAGGGGCUUCUGUUAGGCAUUUAUUCCCCGUUAGCAAAUAUGAACAUGGGGUGGAGGGAAGGGGGACAGGGAAAAUGUUAGCACCGUGGGUAGGUUAGGGCAACAUUUUCUGUGUGUUAAAGAAGCAAUACAAUUGUAUGGUUGGCAUGUUUUUUUUUUUAAUGAAACAUAAGAACAGCUGUUUUGUAUUUUGGUGACCGAUUACUCUGUAUAUUAUCACAUUGUAUGACUGUUUUUGUGGUGCUUUAGUGGUAAAUAAAUUAUUUAAAUUGUA